CCAGGACGAUUUGUCCAGCUGAUGGUCUCGUAGGGAAUUCCCUGGCACACGUAACAUACAGGGAUAGCACAAGCAAAUUGGCUUUUCGCAUGAUGAAGAGUAUUUCCCAGGUUUGUCUGCGUCUUUAAAUCAAUACAAAGUGUAGUGACGAUGCUUACGUAGACAAUCAAUGUGAGUAGAUCUGUUUCUGUGUGCGAUCGCUAGAAACCCAAAUCAUAACGUAGUAUCUCGGAAACGGAUUAUCCACGCGGAUACCGCGGCAUUCCGUGAAGAGGGCACAGCACCGAGACAUGACCUUUCCCAUGUAUAAUUAGAUGCAGCAGUAAUGCGCUUAAGGUUGGUGGGUAACCCAUCGCAUGGCUAUAUACAUGUAUACAGGCUUUUAUGUGCACUGUGUAGAAGAUUUCAACCAACGUGACCCCGCUGAAGGAUUUCAGGUGAAAUGUUGAUGGCCAGUUGAUCUGAUCAUCGCUAGUUUGUCGCGUUUAAAAGAACGCUGGUCGCCACGGUAAACUGUAUAGCUUCAUAUAUUUCACAGUUGGGGUCAAGAGGUAGACCUACUAAAUAAGAAACGGUGAUUAUUUAAUCGAUGUGGAUCUACUUCAGUGUGGCUGCAUAGCAGGAACAGCGAACAAAUAUCGUCUGCUGGCUUCCUGCGUGUACUGACAACACUUUGAGGGUUGCCAUAUAGUAUGAAAUGGUACGAAAAUGACAGGACAAAGAGGAAAAGAGGAUGUUGUUGAUUCUAAGGUUGAAAGUUGGAGGUUGAUUUUUACCAGAGCAAUACAGAAUGCCGCCGAGGAAGAAGAAGCGGGCUGUGCGUUCACAAAACGACUGCGAAUGGCCUUGCCCGCCAUUAUUACUGAUUAUUUUGCUGCUGGUAUUUUUCAUCUUGGCUUUAUCACAAGUAAUGCUAGUUCACAACACUAAGUACAUCGAUCAACAGAGAAAGAUGAGGGACUGGAGAUCUAUACAAGCUGAACUCAGGGAGAUGGACCGCAGUAUGCGAGCCCUCCUAUUAGAUAAAAGUAUUCCUUCCAUUGACGUAAACCGAAAAAUUUUGCAGAAUGAGGUUAACGCUCACAAAAUAGCCGCCAUGAUAGAGGAGGCUUCUUCUGGCUUAAGCCGCGGUAUCUCCAAUGUUAUGCCAAACGACACUGUUAUCGCCGACGCCAUGACAAUAGCAAAUAAAUCGGCCAACAUCCAAGAUUUAGGCCCAUCUGGCAAUAUUGAUUUACUUAACGAUAUCAAGAAUAUUAACACUACCAAAGAAAACGAUAAAUUCUCCUUAUUUCAGCUACUAUUUAGGGGAGGUCAUUUUAAUAGAACUGCCAAUGCUGCUGGUUUCAGAACCAAUUUUCUAAAUAACAGUGAUGAAAACAAUAAUUCAUUACAACCAGACCUAAAUUUGAACCAUUCUGUGACGUGGCCACAAGUUCGACACGAUGUGAAGUAUAAGCAUUCACUGGAGUAUUGCCCGUCAGUUCCCCCUAACUUGGUUGGUGCUACAAGGGUGGAUGUAACGCACAAUGCCAAUCUCAGUAUGAAUGAAAUUGUGAGGCAGAACCCAGAGGUGCUACCGGGAGGGGCGUGGCGACCACGUGACUGUGUGGCGCGCCACCGUGUGGCGGUUAUCAUUCCGUACAGAGAUCGACUGGAACAUCUGAUCGUCCUUUUGUCCCACCUCCAUCCAGUCCUCCAGAGACAGCAGUUAGAUUACAGAGUUAUAGUCGUUGAACAGACAGGAAACGACACAUUUAACAAAGCCCGGCUCAUGAACCUCGCGUUUGUGGAGGGCCUGAAGAUGUACAAUUUCCAGUGUUUUGUGUUCCAUGACGUGGAUUUGGUCCCCGAGGACGACCGGAAUAUGUACUCCUGCCCUGUGAUGCCCCGACACAUGUCUGUGGCUAUAGAUGAAAUGGGAUACAAACUGGCGUACGAGGAGCUGGUAGGCGGAGUGCUGAAUAUGCGUGUUGAACACUUCCAGCGGGUGAACGGCUACUCUAACCUGUACUGGGGAUGGGGAGCAGAGGACGACGACAUGGCUUACCGAAUUAUGCAUGUUGGUUUAAAAAUAACCCGCCCUCCUACCGCCAUAGCACGCUACAAGAUGAUCCGGCACGUCAAAAGAAAACCAGUUGACUGGAGAAAGAGAACACGUCUGCUUAGAACGGGGACGAGACGUUUUCAUAUGGACGGGCUGAACAGUCUUACCUAUAACUUGGUUUCAAUACAGCAGCGUCCUCUUUUCACUCACGUGAUGGCGGAUAUAGGGAAAGUGCCAAAAGGAUUUUCAUGACUCAUGCAGAAGCUUGACCUUCACCAGGAAGUUGCUCUUCAAAGUUGAGUGGCUCCGACAUCCUCAGUAAUUCAAAACUGGACAGUCUUCCCAGUGAUAGAAACCUAACCUCUCAAAAAGUCUAUGGAUUAUUCAUGAAAUACAACUUACAGUGGAAACCUUGAAGUGGAAACCCAGUUUUCUUGGAAAAUGCUACCCUUGAUUUACAUAAUAGUGAUCACCUCAAAAAUUCUCAGAUUUUUAUGUACAAAAAUUGUUUGUGUGCCCCCCUUAGCUCCAAUAAAAUAAGACGGUAACCACGUUUUCUAGACCAGGAAGAGCAUGGCACUGUCUGAGUUUAUAUAAAUUGUUUAAAUAAUGCAUAAAGAGUGUUCAUGUAGCCAGGAUUUAGCGCAAUAUUUAUAAUGUUUAUCAUUUGAACUCUUUAUGCAACAGUGACUUCUUCAUAUACACAUGUCUCUGACAUCAUGCUGCGUACCAAAGCUCUACAACACGUUCACAUUUUUUCCAAUCGUCAUUAUGUAAGGGCCAACAGCAUAUUUACUGUGAACACAGUCAUCUUUGCAAUUUACCAUUUGCAUUUGUCAUCGCAUUAUAUACUUUAUUACUAAUGUUUAUGCAUUGGGAUAGGCAGGUAUAUUACCGUAACCGAUGGUGUAAACACUAAUAGCUUGGCUGCUCUUUGCUUUGACAUUAACAGGGGCGUUUCUAGGAAAAAUAUGCCUAUAACAAAUAAUAAAAUUUCACCCCUAUCUAAACAUCCAUAAAAGUAACUUUACCACAUGAUGGGCUCAAAAAUACAAUUCAAUUUAAAAAAUAUUUUAAGUAACAGAUGUCCCCACAUGAAUACUGGGAUUGCAUAGAGCAAAUAAACCGCUGACAGCGGCGCCCUCUUUUGAUGUCGCUCAGGGCAUCUUACUCAAGCUGCAACACCCUAGAUAUGCCGCCGAUCAUAGGUCAUAGAUCACGCUACGUCUUGUUCAACACGAUGUUUAAUAAAGCAGUUCCGCUUUGGUAAAUUCACAAAGGUGGUUAUUACAAUAGCAAGUCUCCCAGUUUCCAAUUUAUUGAUUUUUACUUUUAUUAAGAUGGAGCACGUUUCUUUGUCAAAAUACUUGUGCCAUGCUAAUAUAACAAGACUGUUGUGCGAUAGGCGAGUUUAAUUGUAACGUGUGUUGUAAUCACCAUUCAGUAAACACUCUUGGCAAGGGUUCGGCAGAGUCAAGCGCAUUUUCUCACAUCCAUUUUUUGUUCAAUUGGGCAGCUUCCACAUAACUAGAUAUUAGGGUUCAGGAAUUGGUAUCAUUAAAGUAUUAUCCCCCCUUUUCUUGUUUGAUACAUUGUAUAUGUAUGGACGCAGUUGGUUAAAACAUAAUUUUAUGUUAUUUUAAAUCAAUUUAGUAUUUUGUUCAUAAACUAAUAUAUGGUGCCACAUCUUUGCUAGUCAAAUUAUUUGUACAUGUUUAUUGGUGCUACAGUAUGUUUUCAUCUAUAAAACAUCACUGCAUUUUUUUAGAAAUAUUAAUCCGUAUAAGGGUAUACAGAGGUCAAAAUUGAGCAUUUAUGUGUAUUCACG